AUGUGCAAUACAUACACGAUAAUUCUAAAGUGUAACCACAAACAAAACUACACUUACCGCUGCCCCUUGUAUCUUAGUGCGCCACGACAAAGGUGCGUUAAAACCCCUCCAACUGUUGCUCAUUACUUUGUGAACUGCCGCAAGUGCCGAGGCCAGGAUAGUGACAACUUUGUGGUACACUGGGUGGAGAGGGAAAGCGAGUCUACUGGUAGUAUUUUUGGCAGAAAGGAAGGGAACUGGAGAAAGGGUGAGGAGAACAACUAUAUGUUGGCCAUAGGGACGUUUGAAAUUGUGGCAAAUGGAGAUGAGACUGGCAGGGUGAGGGGUGUUAGGGUAUAUGAGAAUGGAACGGAAGAGGCACGACGCGAGAAGAAAGAGCUGAAGAAUGUUUCUCUAGAUCUUUCUGGAACAAACAAGGCAAGCUUCGACGCUGAACCAUCGCACGAUAUAUAUGAUCAAACAAAUGUAAGCACGCAAGAGCUCAAGCUUGACGGGCUGAGAACGCAAACUCUUCUAAUAAAGGGCAAACCCAAGAAACCCAACGUAUUUGGUAGUCUACGGAAAAUGAUCGUUCGGCCGAGGAGUGAGCAGGACACCGCGGCAACAGGUGAGCAUAAAUCGUCCACACAGGGUACUGUCAAAACAAAACUCAAUAGGUUCAAUACGAUCACUGGCGGUUUCCGAGGAGGAAGGAAGAGCGAAGACAUGGAAGAAGAGGGUUCUCUAUCUGCAUCGGUAGAUGAUCGGAAGGUUGAUGAUGCUACGGGGUACGAGUAUCUUACGCCAAAAGAAUUUCUCGACCUUCAUUUUCAAGGUGUAGUUUCAGGCAGCAGUAGUACGGAUGUUACGAUAUCAAAUGCGAUUUCUGCACCUAUCGAUAUACCUCAAAAAUGUCAAGGGGACACAUCACAGAAACGGACUGCCGAGAAGCGUGCUGGAGAAUAUAUGAGCGAAAUCGGUCGAAAUCCCUUUGCGGACAAUUCAGCAGUUGUCGACUCUUUUAUUAGGGAUUCUGCAAUCUCCGACGUCAAAAAUAGCUACCAGGAAGGGACAUCAGAGCGAUCGAGUCAUGGUACUCAGUCAAGUGGACAAGGAAGAAUGAGCCGGGAAACCGAGUUCUCUCAAGCUGAUGAUGAACGAAUGGAGAUCAUUACCGAGGCAAUCGAUGGAGAUACAAUUAAUCUAACGCCGGACAAUAUCGAUGACGUACUUGCAGUUUGGAAAGGAGGGUUUGGAACUUCAAACCAUUCGUCACCUGAUCACAUACCUCCUCGGCCUCAUGCUUUGAGUCAUUCGGUACACUCUCGCAGUAUUGAAGCCUUGCCGAUGCCUAUACCUUUUCGUUCUCAAGGCUCAAGUUUAGAUGUCGCGGGCUAUAGUGCGAGCUUACCAAAUGUUCAGGAAGACGAGAAGAAAUUUACCAAAACUCAGUGGACGCAGGAGAAUGUUUUCGAGAAAGUAUCUUCCGCGCCUUCUGCAACUUUGCAGCAUGCCGUGGACUUUGUUAAACCGCCGAGGUGUUUUGAUAUGCAGCAGGAAAACAACACGACGAAAGAAAAUCUUCGGGAAUUUGCUUUGCCUAAGAGGAGCAAUACGGGAGAUGAUUCACCACAUUCUCAAUGCCGCCAGGAAACCUCAAAAGAAUUUCCUCCUCAGGUUUUUGCUUUACCCAAAAGGAGUAAUACAGGAGAUGUACCAUAUUCUCGACAACUCUUGGACAAGAGGGAUGAACUUCCUCACAAUUUUUCUUUUCCGAAAAGGAGUAACACAGAACAUGUUCCACACUCUCGACAUCCUCUGGCUAAUGAAAUCACCCGGAGCAACACCCUCGCCAGUAGUCCUCAGGCUCCAACAAGAAGCCAACCCGCAUUACCAGAUAUACAAGAACCUGCACAAGAAACCAUCGCUGGUACUCGAUUACUCUUUUCUGCCCUCAUCUUCUACAAUUCUAUCCCCACCUCGGAAAGGCAAACAAAGCGAGCAAGGUCGCCAAUCACCUCGACUCUGGAAUAG